GGAGGACGGGCCGGCAUGGCCGGGAGGGGCUGCGGCGGCAGCAGCUCCCCGCCCCUGCCCGGUGGUUCUCCGCCGCCGUGCGCCGGGCCGGGCCCGGGGGUGGGCGCUGAGAGGCGGCGGCGGCAGCAGCAGCAACAGCAGCAUGCGCCGGGCGGCCCCGGCCCCGCGGCUCCCCCGGAGCGGCAGCGGGCGGCCUCGAUGGAGCCCGGCUGCCCGCGGAGGUGGCGGCGGCGCUGGGCGCUGCUGGGCGCGCUGCUGGGCGCCGCGCUGGCGCUGUACGCCUGCCUGCGGGAGCUGCGGCGGCGCGGCUCGGCGGCGGGCCGGCCCGAGGGCGAGGUGACCGUGCUGCUGUGGUGGGAGCCCUUCGGCCGCCCCCGGCGCACGGCCGACUGCCGGCGCUACAACAUCACGGGCUGCCGCCUGAGCGCCGACCGCGGGCGGUACGGCGAGGCGCGGGCCGUGCUCUUCCAUCACCGCGACCUGGCGCUGCACGGCGCGCAGGGGCUGCCCCGCGGGCCCCCGCCGCGACCGCCGCGGCAGCUGUGGGUGUGGAUGAACUUCGAGUCGCCCUCGCACUCCCCCGGGCUGCGGGGCCUGGCCGGGAUCUUCAACUGGACCAUGUCGUACCGGCGGGACUCGGACGUCUUCGUGCCCUACGGGUAUCUCUACGCGCCGCCGUCGCCGCGGCCCUUCGUGCUGCCCCGCAAGAGCCGGCUGGUGGCGUGGGUCAUCAGCAACUGGAACGAGGAGCACGCCCGCGUGCGCUACUACCGGCAGCUGAAGGAGCACCUGCCCAUCGACGUGUACGGGGCGCGCGGGCUGGCGCUGCUGGAAGGCAGCGUGGUAAAGACGGUGUCGGCCUACAAGUUCUACCUGGCCUUCGAGAACUCCCAGCACACCGACUACAUCACCGAGAAGCUCUGGAGGAACGCCUUCGCCGCCAGCGCCGUGCCUGUCGUCCUCGGCCCCCGCAGGGACAACUACGAGCGCUUCAUCCCCGCCGACUCCUUCAUCCACGUGGAUGACUUCCCCAGCCCCCGGCUGCUGGCCACCUACCUGAAGUUCCUCGAUAAAAACAAGCCCAGCUACAGGAGGUAUUUUGCCUGGCGGAGCAAGUACGAGGUCCACGUCACGUCUUUCUGGGACGAGCAUUACUGCAAGGUUUGCGAGGCCGUGAAGACGGCGGGGAAUCAGCUCAAGACGGUACGGAAUCUGGCCAGCUGGUUUGAGAGCUGACGUUCCUGAGGUGUGCUUGGCCGGCUUCUCCCAGCAGUGAAUGCACCGAGGUACAGGGAAGCCCCGUGAGACCUCCUGCCUGGCAGAGGCAGUCCGUCCUCCGUGAGAGAAGCAUACAGAUAGAGGUAAAUAAAAAAGAAGAUUUUUAUUGCAGUGCAAAAUGAAAUUACAGAGAAGCAUCAGGCAAAAGACGAUUCUGCAAGAGCAAAGGUAAACUUUCAGAAGUCGUGCUCGUCUGAAACCUUCGCAGUUGUUCACAGAAUAACCUAUGCCAAGUCCUUCAGCGCUGCAGCUGGAACCAAUUUUGUCAGCUAUGACAGCUUCCUGGACCAUGAAACUUUCUUCUGCGUAUGGGGGAUGCAUGAUCAGUGCUGGCUUUCUGCAUUCUAAGGACAAAAGCAAAUAUUUUCAAUGGUGAUUAUUAUGAAAAUCAAAGCUAUUUGCUGACAAAUGCUGAGCCGCAAGUGUUGAACAUAAGAACGUGAUGAUACGGUAGCACUUUUUAGCAGUGUUUUAAAUUGCAGCAGCCAAUUAAUAAUUCUUUGAGCCAAAUAAAAAUUGCACGUAGGAAAAAGUGUUUGGAAGGGUCUGAGUGGAAUGAACAGCUCAGAUGGCAGAAAGUAUUUCUUCCAGCUGUGAGCACAGUUGUCCUGUUUGAAAGCGGAGAAGAGCUUCAAGUACAGGAAAAGACAAGGCAGAGAGAAAGCUUGAACAUUUCCACCCUCCUUUUAUUCAGGAAUUAGAAAAUGUUUACAGGAGACUGCAUGUUUUUCUCUGCAAAAUUGCUGCCAUAUAGGAAAAAGCAGGGAAAGGCUUAGGUCGGCGGGGGUUUUAUUGCUCUGCUGAAUCUGUACACAGAAAGGCUAACUUAUUUCUGUAAUACCAUUCAAGUGUCCUAUUGUAUAGCGAGUGUUUAGAUUUAUGACGUGCGUUUGUAACAAUUCUGCCAGGUGACAGGCUGCACAGAGUGCCACUCUGCUGUGUGUAAAACAAUUAUGGCAACAGAGGUACCAAAGUGCAAGUCCCAGAUCGCUACCUCCCAGGAGGAGAAUUACUGUAGAGAAUAAGGUCUAAACUGUUGCUAAAACACAGGUUAUGUGAAGGAAGUGUACGAAGAGGAAGGAGUUACUGUUUUUUAGCUUUGUUUUUGGGUCUUUUUCCACCUAAUUUUUUUUCAGCCUGUUCCUAGAAUUCUAGACUACCACUUCCUUGCGUGCUGUCUGCUCAGAUCAUUGUGGUUCUUCCUUUUCAGGCUGUCACGGUGGAAUAAAGUCACGGGCACCAAACAGGUGGGGAAAGAAGAAAGAUGCAAGUGAAAGCAGUGAGCUUCCUAGAAUGUGUGAGAGGUAUUUAGGUUCGAAUGGGUUGAGGUUUAAUUUGAGCAGGAAGGGAGGCCAGGUAGGUGCUGUUUAGACUGAGCAGCUGGCAGCCUACUGUAUUUUAAGUUACUUGUGCCCCGUGAUUAGGUAAGCGUGGAGCUAAAGAAUAUUGGGAAAAAAAAAAUCUGUAAUAGUGUUAAAGCUCGUGAAUAAUUUUGCACAGAUUUACUGGGUUGGAGUAGCUCGGAAGCUCCUGUUUUUAUUGCUUUCUGCUUUUGUGCAGGGAAAGAUGGUUAAAAGCACUUCGUGAACAUGGCUGUUGUUUGUGCCAGAGCUGCCGUAGAGAUUUUAUCAGGAAAGCAGAGAGGACUCAGCGCAAUGCAGGGUGUAGUCGGGUGUUCCCGGUGCUGCAUUUUAGUUUCAGCAGUUCUGAAGGGGUUCGAAGUGCAACCACGCACCUCACUGCGUGAUCAUCUGCUUCUCUGCCAGUGGGUAAUGCUCCCGUAAAAUUGUUUUUGACUAUUCUGAAAGUACAGUUCUGAGUAUAGCAUUAACCUAACAGCUGAGUGCCGGGACAGUAGAACCAGUGUCUGUUUGAUUUGUCGUUUUUUCCUUUUGCUUUUUAACAUAGUGCAUGCGAGUGUAUACCAAAACCUGAUCUUCGAAGCAGUGAGAAGUCUUUGAAAAUGCGCAGUGAAGAUUGCACUACUUCUUAUCAGUCUGCUCUAAAUAGUGCUUUUUUUCCCCAAUCCUUCCAAGUUUUUAAACAUUUUCUGAAGGUUUUCAGUCACACCUCUUGGUGCUAUCAGUAGUAAUGCCACAGGCAGAAGAUGAGGCUCCGGGAGCAUGGGAGUUUCCACAGAUUGCAACCGGUCCUUUAUUCUCAGCUUCUCUUGCUGAAAUUGUGGUGGGAAUGCGUUUUGUGAGGUUCAGCAAACAGCCAUGCAGUGACCAAAACAUCAUUUUUGAAUGAGAUGAUCACAACCGUGCUCUAUUUGUAAGGUUGAGUAUUUUCACAAAUUGUGUAACGAGAACUGCAGUGUUGUAAUAAUUAUCGCAGAGUUUCAUAUUCCUUGCAUAAGCAUUGCACGCUUUUCCCGUUAGAUUCAGGAGGAAGUUCAGACCUGGUCUACAGCUGCUGGAGUCAGUAGUGCAGCAGCUCUGUAAGGCCGACUUGGUUUUUGGUUCAGCCACUCCACAGGCUCACAGAACUACCCUCAUAAGCGGGUGCUCUUAGAAGCUGAGGGCUGUCCUUUGUAACUCACUUUGUAGAGCCCAGGUUCAGUGAUAAAUAUGAAGCUUGCCGUGGCAAAUUGGAUUGUAGAUCGGGUACCAGACUCCACAAGACAUUGCACGUGAAGUAUGCAAUCAGUCUAUAAAAAUUAAGGAUAUUUAUUUUCCAGUCUAAAUAGAGAAAUCUGUAUGGAUAUGCUUUUAAAAGCUGUAUUAUUCCAUGCCUUUAAAUGCUGGGGAGGAGGGAGAGACAGAGAAAGAUCAUGUUCUGUUUUUCAUAAGGAUGAUUACUUUUUGAUUAUGGGUGGAAUACAGAAGUGUGUGUGAUCCUCUGACUCACAGAAGUAUCUCAGGGAAUUUUAUACUGUAAAGUCUCUUAAUCUUCACAGAAUGAAGUAACUUUGUAUUAAUCAUGUAGAUUAACACUCAAUAAAAUGAUAGAAAGGAAGUAGCAUAAAAUGACCCCAUUUUUGUAUUUCCUCUUCUUUAUGCGUUACGAAGGGUAGAAAGCUGGUUUUUAAAUAAAAUUUCCUUUUGUCUUUGUCUUCCACCUCUUGAUCAAUAGAAGCGACUCAUUACAGAUUAGUCAGACCGUCUGAGGUUAGGAAUGAAACCUGGUCGUGCCAAGGGAAAAUAUUUCCACAGGAGAGGCUGUGCUGGGUUAUUUCCACUAUGAAAAGGAGCAUUUAUUGAAGUUGGGUGACUGCUGGAAAAACGUCAUUUCAUUAAAAAAAAAAAACAAAAACCUGUACAAACCCGAAAAAAGAAAACAAACCAACAAGCUCUCUCUUGACCUACAGAGAAUUUGAAAGUGCUCAGAUUUUAUUUCCCUUAAAUUUCAAAAUGAAAUGGACUGGGGCAUGUAGUAUAUUCGGCACGUAGUGCUACAGCCACUUCUAGCCAUGGGUUUUUUGUGCUUGUUCACUGAUGUCUUCAGCUGAGCUACAAACACCCCAAACCUCUCAUUCCUAUGCUUUCUUAACACUGAUUGCAGCAGAAGUGAUUGAUGAGCUCUCUUUAUCCACAUUCCGUACCACAUGAUCAUAGAAUCACUUCAGGUGGAAUGGACCAUGCAAGGCCAUCUAGUGCAAGUGCCCUGCAGUGAGCAGGGACACCUACAGCUCCAUCAGGGUGCUGAAAGCAUGGGUGGUUUGGGGUAAACUUCAGCAUUCCUCUUGGAAUUUCCAGCCUCUCCUGGGUGUGGUAAGUGCUACAGGGCUCUCUUUUUUUUCCUCGGGUAGUUUAUGCUGUGUCACUGCCCCGUUUUGUAAGGAGAGCUUAAGCCUUGUUUACCUGUGCCCAUGAAGGUCGAUGUUUAUUUGAAGGUUUUUCAGCCGUGAUUGGGCUCUGGGUGGUGGAAACGGGUGGGAAUAUUUUUCUGCCAAACAUUGGGUACCAUUUGUUCACGCUUGUUUGCUAACUUUUAAGUAAGAUGUGAGUUACACCCGAUUAGUUUUAAACUCACUCUUUAUCCAACAAUCGCAUAAAAUGGUAUUUGUUUUAAGUGUGUAAACAGUCCUUUGUAGGAAGCAAAGGGCUGAUUCAAUCUGCAGGCUGAUGUAGCGAGCGUAGUGACUUAGCAUGGAUUUAAGAGCUAUUUAACUAAAGAUAAAUCCAGAUCCCAGUAUGCACACCUAUUUCUAAUCAGAAAAAAAACAUUAUUUGAAUAACUCAAAUAUCACUUUUAACUGUUUAGCAGUUACACUCUGUAUAAUCCUCUUUCUUCUGUGCCGUCAGGUGAUGAGGGAUCCCUGAGGGCAACGUAUCUAUGUCCAUUCCUAUGGCAGGAAGGUGUGCAGUGUUCCGGAAGCAUUCUGAAGCCACAAGCCCCAGUAAGUGGAAAAUUUUGCCCUAAGAAGCCAAUGCUUCUCUGAGCUGGUAAACUUCAAGGACUUUGGGUCCUUUUAAAUGCAUAAUUGCAUGGGUUAACAUGUUGUGAGUAGAGUUAAAAUCGGGCUAUUUUAGUAGCACUUAGGAUUUUAAUUAUAUUCCUUUAAUAACUACCAGAAGACUGCAAAAUUUGAAACGUGGAGCAUGAUUUGUAUUUUCCCUUUAUUUAUUAAACCAUCUUUUGAAGUUAAUCAACCCAUGGCUUGGCUGUAAAUGUUAUGGAAGACAGUUCAGCAUUUAUGCCCUCAAAUUCACCGCUGGAGUAGAGGAUACUCUAGGUGUUCUGGAUGAUGGGACACUGAAUCCAGGAAGAAACGGAGCACUAGCAAUUUAUUUCUGAGGAUUAUUUUAUCAGGUAGCCUUGAGCAUUUCCAGUCUUUCAUUAUCUCAGAGCUGGACUAUGAGCUCAAAUGCUUCAUUCAUAGAAUCAUCUGAGUUGGACAGGACCCUUAAAGGCCAUCUUGUCCAACUCCCCUGCAAUGAACAGGGACACAUACAGCUCCAUCAGGUGCUCAGAGCCCCAUCCAGCCUGACCUUGAGUGUCUUCAGGGAUGGGGCAUCCACCACCUCUCUAGGCAACCUGUGCCAGUGCCUCACCACGAAGUAUUCAUUCAGCAAGUCUAUGCUGUGAAAAAAAUGAGUUAAGCAGAACAGAAUUUGUGCUGGGUUUAGGAUCCUGUUAAGCACCAUUGUGCAUAUUCAUGGAAAAAAAAAAUUGCAGGCUCACUGUUCUGUCUUUUGCAGUGACUCUGAUGAGGAAUGUUUCCUGCACUGAGUCCUUGGAGGAAGAUGACAGCCUGGAUGGUGCUGAGUUACUCUUCCUUGUCAUUCACGGUGGCUUUUUAUUGUGAAGAUAACGUGAAACAUGAAAAUUGCUGCCGUUAUCUCAAAUCUAGGUUUUAUUCCUAUGUUCAGAUAUUGAAUGUAUUCUACCAUUUUAAAAGCACCUUAAAUAAUAGCAAGAAUUUAAAAAAAUGCAUUUCACUGAUGUAACUUGAAAAGGAAAGUUUGGGAUUUAUAGCCCUGAGCUAAGAAUCAGGAGGUUUUUCCUGUAUAAGAUUCCACUGUGGCUGUGGACAGGUUGUUAUUGAAUAUAGGGCUGGGCUGAAGCACUGAGUCCUGUCUUCUCUGAGCUUUGAUUUAGGUCCCGUGGGACAGAACCUCACUUUUACAGGAGCACAGCUGAUUCCAGACAAUACUCAAGGCAUACAAGGCUGUAUCUGCAGCUCACAUCUCAGGCUUCAUCUGCUUGUUUCUACCUCUGCUCCUGCAAGACAAAAGGAACCAAAGCUACCACCAGCUCCUCUGGUUCUUCUACUGCAGUCUUCGGUCCUUUUGCCAUCCUCUUUCUGGCUGGUGCUCUUCAUGCAUCGAGGAGGGUGAAGAUGGAAAUAUCUGUGAGAGUGAGUGCGUGUGCAAUCUCCAGAGAGAGCUGAGCGUGCAGCAGAGAAAGGAGAGAGCUCUUCCUAACCAUACACUGCAAUAUACAACCUUCUUGAACCUUCUGAUAGAAGGUGGUUGGAGACAAGGGGAGGCAUGGGCUAUUUCAGUCCUUUUUGCACCUGGAGAAUUGCAGGUUUAUCUGGGAUCAUGUAGGAGAGCUCAUAGCCUGAGGUCACCUCUGAUGACACAACUGCCUUGUUGUGUUGCCUUGAUGAGCCUUUCAAAAUGGCACACACAAUCCAGCUAGAGCUAUGGUUGCUUGCUGGAAACUCUCAUGUCAGCCACUGUUUGGACACUGCUCUCACUGGAAUCAGAAUUCCACUCAUUUUGCAUCUUCCCUGCAUAAUGGAUAAAAUUAGUCAUUAAAAAGGCUGCUUUAUUCCAAAACACAAACAAAUGAGCAUUCUGCCAAGUUUGUGUAAAGUUGUUGAAGUAACCUCCUCCUCCAAGUUAUGACUGUUCGUCUUAUUCUCAUCCUCAAAGGUGAGUAUUCAAUUUUCAAUAAAACCUUCAUCGUGUACUAUAAAAACUGUCAGAAAGGGCUGGGAGAGCAGUGCUCAGUGCAGGAAGGUGCAGGGCAGAGAUAGCAGCUGAAAUAUUCACUUGGACAGCCCCAGUUAAAAUGGAAAAAAAAGUGUCUGUUUCAUUUGCUUUAUUUUUUAUUAACUCUAGAGGGAAUGAGGUUUCCCGAACCUUUGCAGAUUCUAGCAGUCUCUUUGUGAGUCCCACUGGUAGUAUCCUUCUGCUUUGGAGUUCACAAGUAACAAGGAAUAUGAGGUCAGGCUUCCAACUGAUGGAAACCAACUUGCCCACCUCUACCUUCUAAGGUGCUUCAAUUCCUUCUUGGGAUAUUAUGUACUAAUUACUAAUGUUUUCAGAAAGCCAUGUUGAAGAAAUAAUUGUAGGUGUAUAGAAGAUGCCACUAGUUUGGUUUUGAGAUGUAAUUUUCCCUUUAGAUGCUUUGCCUGAAGUUGUGUUACAGCUUGUCGUUACAGUUUGGUCAUUUCUACCGCUGCUAAUUAGGAAGUUAUUAAAGUGAGGAUCAGUCUACAGGAGCUGAUGAGUUAAUAGUUAGCCUUUUUUCUUCUGCACACACCUGCGUGGAAGAGUGGAGAUGUGGCCUCCUGCUCAGCACCAAGGGGACAGGAAGGCCUGCCUUCUAACCAUAGCUCUGCUUCAUCGUGGGCUGCAAGUUACUGAGAAGCAAUAGUGAGGUACAGCCGACAGCUGGUUUGGUCUGAAGUCCAGCACACACCCCAAAACUUUCUCUCCUUACCCCGUUUGGGUGGGGUAAGACAAGUCCCACACAGCCCUUGCAGCAGUGAUGUGUGGGGCUCCAGGGACAGACCCCUGCUGCCUGCUCUCUGCCAGGUGACAGCGUGGAAGGGAUGGAGUGCUGAGAGGUUCUGAUCAGUGCUUCUGUCCACACAGUAUUUUCUGCAGCUUGGGACAAACAGAAGGACAUCACCCAGGCAGUGAAGGAAAUGUGUUAAGAUGAAAAAUUUGCAGAAACUUGUAAAGCUGAUGAGCAUCUCCUGGUGACCUGACCAGGGCUGGGAGGAUUCCCCUAUGAUCUCACACCUGGGAGCAGUUUCAUCCUGCACAGACAAGCAUGACAUAUGCUCUGCUCAGCCUCUGCACUGAGUACCAGUAGGACCCUGGAAUCAUAGACUCGGAAUCAUUACUGUUGGAAAAGACCUCUAAGAUCAUCUGGUCCAUCUGUCAACCCAUCCCCACCCUGCCCACUCACCGUGUCCGUAAGGGUCAAUUUAUCUCCUCAUACAUUUAUCUGUUACGCUCCUGCUGUGGGCCAUCUCCUGCAUCUUGCUUUCAUUGCCCUCUUAAUGGGAAAUGGGACAUCAGAAAUGGGCUACAGGAGCACCCAGGGGCAGCUCAGUCUGCUCUGACCGGUCGUGAUAUUCAGCACUGAAAAUCUGUGUCACGGAACAACUGGUAUGUGCUUGGCUUUCUUAGUUUGGUGGUCUUUUGGGAUUGCGCAUAGGCAGGCUGGGGAGCUGUCAUUUGGCUGGGAAGUGAGGGGAAGUGAGAUGAACAGAAUGAUGUAUCUCCUUGCCUUAAUCAUGGCUUAACCACGCUCAGAGAGCUGAAGAGCUUCUGAGACAGCCAGUGUUUCUAAGUGACAGAUUGAGGAGCCAGACCUGCAUGUACAGCUCAGCCCCAUGAGGUGCCAGGCCUGGUCCUCUGGGGCAUCCUGCUGCCCUCCAUCUUGUAGCUCGUGUAAGUACCUGAACAGCGUUUGUGGUGUGCUGCCUCUGUGCAGAGAGACACCGAAAGCAAUGACAGAUCGUAUCUUAGACCCACAUCCUUCAAAAAACCCAAGCGAAACUGAUGAUUUAGCGUGUUUAUUGAUACAGCCUUUGUGAGGCCUCAGGUACCUCAGAAAGACUUUUGUACGUCAUCUCCUGUUUACUUACUUGUGCAUGACCUGAUCUAUUUUACAAAAGCAGCUUUAGGGAGGCAAAGUGCCCUCCUGUCCGAAGAGAAAGCAGAGUGUCUUUUUCCUGGUGCUGAACGCUGGUGUUCGUGCAGGCUGCCAGGAGAAAUCUGCCCCUUUGGGAUAUUGGUGAACCGUGUGCUGCUUCCACUGCUCUGCCCACACGUGUCCCGUGGAUUCCAAAAGCCCACAGUGAUGUGGGGCUAUGCCAGGUGUCAUCAGCUCUUGUGGAAAAGCUUGCUUGCUAUCAGUCUAGACUCCACUCUAUGCUAGAAAGCCAGCACUUUCAGCUAAACUUUUAAAAACACAUACACUUUUCUAUGUUACAUUUGUCUAUCUUAGUCUGGAAUGGGAUCACUGUUUUAAAGAACACUGAGAUAACACCAUUAAUGCGCUAGUGCACUGCACUGCUUCUGCCUACCUGAUUGUAUGGUGGUCUGGCAUCUUUGGGGCUACCACAGAAAUGGGGGAAAUAAGGGAACUGAACAGAUGAAACAGUUUAGAUGAAGAGGAUAAUUGCAAGUGGGUUAUCUAUCUAAAGUUACACAAACCCAAGGUGGCUUUGGGACCUGCUUCCUUGUAAUCCAGUGGUUCCAGUAUUACUUCCACUUAGAUGUUUAAAUUAGACUCUUUGAGCUUCAGGACAGAUCAAAUGUGAGCCCCUAUGCUGAAGCAGGGCUUGCUUGGCAAGAUAAGCAUGAAGAGUGGAUAACAAAUUUCCUAAUGGCCCUGUUACUGCCCAUUCCAUCCCUGUGAAAGUGGAAUUUAUGGCUUUCUGUGCUUUCAAGCUUGUCUUUCUGCUCUUCAGGUGAAGCCAGAAAUUCUAACUAAUUCUUAUUUAUCUAUAGGCUUUAAUGUGCAUGGAUGCCUAUGUUGAUUCCCUAUGGCUUACCUGCUGGCUUGAGUUUGAAGUUUGUUAUGAAAGAGCAACAUGUGCAUCAUUUCUACAUAAGACAAAUGUGUAAUUUUGCUGCAAGGUGCUUUGGCAUCAGAGGUCCAGCAGACAGAGCAGAAUGCUGUGCCAUUUGUACCCAGAUGAUUAUGCUUCACUUCUUGAAACUGUCUGCAGAAAUCUGUCUUUGCUUCAGGAAGUCAGUGUGCAGAAGCUGACAGUACUGGGAUAUCAGCUUUCCCCUUCUGAACUGAAGAAGUGCCUGUAUAAGGCAUUAUGUAGGUGCUGUAGUGGGGGCAAAUGAGUGGGGCAAGGAACAGGGGGGAACGGAGCAUGACUGGUGCACUGGGCUGGCAUUGCUUCCUGUGAUGCCUCCAUGCAGCCCUGCAUGGAUGUUCUUAGGAACACUGAAGUUCUCCACUGCUCUUGCAGUCUAGACAUACCCAGACACGCGUAAAUACUAAAGAAAAGUGGCCCAGAUGACUGAUGGUAUCAGCAUGGCUUGUGUCUGGGCAGUCAUCAGGAGCCUGAAUCUGGCCCAAGACCUUAGUCAGACUGUCACUGCAGUGAGGGAUCUGACCACAUCGUCCCUCCUGGAUUCAUUCAUUUCUCAUGGUGCUCAUGGUGUAUUAAAGCCUUCCGUAUUGAUCCCUCUGAAAUGCUACAGCCGGAUGAAGGGAGAAAUCUACAUUAGUUUCGGUGGCAUCCAGUCUGUCUGGUUUUUCCAGAGCAAGAUAAGAAACAUUGCCCAGGCAAUCUGCUGUGCUGUGGGGAUAUUGAAUUUGCAGGGCUGUCAGUCAUCUGAUUUCACAGGUACUGCUUCACUCUGCUAAAAGAAAAUAAGUACAGUUACAUCUUGGGUUAGUUAUUUUUCAGCUUUAGGCUAAAAGAAUUCAUACCUUUAGUGGAAAUGUCACAGAGACAUCUCUCUGCUCCAGCCACCACACAGUCUGCUAUGAAACACGAGAUGGAUAUUGGAGGAGUGUCAGAGUCCAUGUCCAGCCCUAGCAUUUUUCUUGGCUGAUGGAGCCUUUAGUCUUCAAAACUUAGAACCAUAUUUUUUAUAUGGUUUAAAAACAAGGGCUUUUGUUCAAGUAUCCUGCUGUUCUGGGAUGCAGCUUCUCCAUGGCUUGUAAGGAAAUGCCUCAGCAUCAGCUGGUACUGAGAUGUCAUUCUUCUCCCAAACCAAGCUGAGGUAGAAUGCAGAUAAUGUACCUUUGAACUUAAAGCAUCCUUUACAAUGUUAAAGCAGUGCGGAUGGCAGCGUGGAACGUCUCCACCCGGUUGUGCACUGCAGCCCCAUGUGCAUGUGCUCACAGUGACACUGCCCACAGAGCUGUAGGGGCAACAGGCAGAUGGAGCUCAUGAUCCUUUCAGUAUCUAAAGUGGGGCUGUGUGAAAGAAAGGGACAGGCUCUCUAGCAGGACCUCUUGUGAUAGGACAAGGGGAAAUGGUUUCAGACUGGAAGAGGCAAGAUUUAGAUUGAAUAUAAGGGAGAAUUUUUUUACACUAAGGAUGGUGAGGCACUGGCACAGGCUGCCCAGAGAGGUGGUGGAUGCACUGUCCCUGGAGACACUCAAGGUCAGGCUGGAUGGGGCUCUGAGCACCUGGCUGAGCUGUGGGUGUCUCUUUGCUGCAGGGGAGGUGGGUUUGAUAGCCUUUAAAGGUUCCUUCCAACUCAAAUGAUUCUAUGAUUAAUAAAGUGCUAUAAGACCUGCAAGGAAAAAGCUACCGUGGUAAUGCAAAGCAAUUGACGGUGGAAACAUCUCUUCACCCAGCACUCACCAAAGCUCAGGAAAAAUCUGCGGAGAGCUUUUGAUGUAUCAUCCUAUGCCUAAGUGCUGUAGUUGUCUACGUGGCCACCGCAGCACUUAGCGUGGGGGCACAGCCCUGAUGCAGCCUUUGCUCUGAAAGCAGCAGCAGUGAACGCAGGUCAAGCUGUUCCUUACAUGUGCUGCAUUUACAUUGCUUUAAUUUAGUAAUAGGUUUACAUAUUCCCAGUGCUUUACGUCCCUUUGAUCUUUGGAAUCACAAAUUGCAGCACAAACAGAACAGAGUUGGCAGGAAAUUAUGCUGUGUCGUGUUCCUGUGUUUGCAGUGAGCAUAACCACAUGGAUUUCAUUCCUGGUGGACCUAAAAUCUGAGAGCCGUGGCUGUGGAGAGAAACUGCUACUUGGGAAUAAAAAUAGCCAGGCCACUUGCUCUGCUCCUGCUCUAUCUUCAAGUGGAAUUCCCUACAAAAUGCAGCUGCUGGAUGAUUGCUGCUGAAGCUACGACACCUGACAAGCAGGCAGAAAUUGUAGGUGACAACAAAUGGGAAAAUUCACAGCAGCUCCAGGAAGGAGCAAUCAACAGGGCAGAUGUGAUACCUACCAUCCUCAUAGGAUGUAGAAGUGGAGCUCAUAGAGUCAUUUAUGUUGGCAAAGACCUUCAAGAUCACCAGGAAUAACCAUCAACUUGCCCUACCAAGACUUAUCACUAAACCACGUCCCUUAGUACCACGUCCACAUGUCUUUUAAAUACCUCCAGUGCUGGGGACUCCACCUUCCCUGGGCACUUCCGUGAGUAGCCUGACAUAGUCCAAUGGUCAAAGGUUGGCCACACCAUACAGAAAAAGCCAUGCGUACCUUGGGUUGCAAUUUCUUCUUAAGCAGCUCAAAAUUCUUUGUUGUGCCAAGAUGGACACUGUUCUCCUGCACAUCAGUUCAAGCUCCGAACAAUUUUCCUGAGAGCAACAGGGCAUCUGGAUGCUGCCUGAAAUACUUAACAUGGUGGGUGCUGUGAAGAGCAGGGUCAUUGUUGGAAGAGUGUUUGCACGUAAAAGAAAGCUCCCAUCGCUUGAGCUGGCUGCUGUCGGUACAGACCCCUCGGAGCAGGAGGCUCUGCAGCGGGGCUGGUGGCCCACCUGGAUUCCUGCACGGUGAGGUAAGGCUUUCCAAACACUGCUGCUAUUAUCGCUGCCUCUGCCUUCCUUAUUAGGAUAGGCUGGGGUUUCCAUUCCACCCCAACUGCCUCAGAUGAAUCAGGCCAUCACUAAGCCUGAAAAUCUGCAAAACCUGCAAAACUGCAAAAUUGUUCCAGUAAAACUUGCAUCUGACCCAAACGUUUGGAAAUGAGUAAAAAGGAGGGAGGACAAGGCUGCAGACACAGCAUGGCCCAAAUUACCUUCCUCCAUGACUGGAUUUGACAGAAUCAUAGAAUAUCCUGAGUUGGAAGGAUCAUCGAGUCCAACUCCUGGAAGUAUGACACCAUGAGGAGACUAUGGUGUCCCCAGGGAGAUGUCACCUCGGGGGUUGGAGAGGUCCAGGUCUCCCUUGGGCAACUCAGUACCAGACAGAUCUGAAUGGACUGGAAAGAGUCCAGUGGAGGGCCACCAAAAUGGUGAAGGGACUGGAGCACCUCUGCUAUGAGGAGAAGCUGAGAGCUGUUCCGCCUGGAGAAGAGGAGGCUCGGUGUGAUCUCAUCUGUGUUCAUAAAUACCCAAAUAGAGUCUGCCAAAAGGUUGGAGCCAGGCUCUUGUCACAUGUAGUAUAAGGGUAGGUUUAGGUAUUGAUGUACUUACACAUUUUCUAUAUGUGACAUUUGUAUGCAAAUUACUGUGAAGAAAAGUGUUAAAUAGUAGAGUUAUGUUUUUAAAUGCCAUAUGUUAGUAUCAUUCUCUUUUGGAAUGUAACCAAUAAUUUAUUGAUAAUUGUGCUACAUAAUAUUUUAUCACUUGUAGGUGCUGUCUUGAUAAAAUGAAAUUUUAGUUUCCUUAAUCAAUGUGGGAAAUGGGAAAUAUGUGCAAAAACAAGAGUGUUAAUUUUUGGUGUCUCUGCUGGAACAGAAACAGAACUUUCCUACUGAUAAUCCUCUGCUGUUCCAGUUGGGUAUGGUUGUCCUUUUUCACUGUCCUUUUCCUGGAUAUAUAUGUGUAGUGUCAAAAAAGUGACAGGUGUCACUGUGAAGAUGGAUGAAACUCUUCCAAGUGUAGACUGAUUAUUAACUGCCUAUGAAUUGUUGAGCAUUUCCAGAAUAAAAGUGCUAUUUAAAUGUG